AUGUCGCAAUGCCAAACUGCUCUCCUAGUGACUGAAAUAGGGAAACCUUUGAGCAAAGCUACGCGGCCCAUCCCUGAGCCUAAGAAUGGGGAAGUCCUUGUCAAGAUCACCGUGGCUGGCCUGAAUCCCCACGAUGCGAAGUCUCGUGACGAUGGACUUUCUAUAAAAGGAUCUCUUCCAGCGGUCCUGGCCUCGGACAUUGCAGGCCACGUGGUUCAUGUCGGUCCCAAUGUCACGCACUUCAAGCAAGGAGACCACAUAUUCGGACAAGCUUUACUGGCAAUUACCAGUACUGAAACAAAAGUACCUCCACAUCCCAAUUACGACACUCAAGGCCUCCAGGAAUACUCAAUCAUGGAUACCAAAUUCUCCGCAAAGGUACCUCCAGGAUAUACUGAUGCCGAACUUGCAGCACUGCCAACCAAUCUGGUCACCGCAGCUGUUGCGUUGUUCGAUUCUACUGGUUUCAAUAUACCAGCUCCUUGGGACCCGGCUGCACUUGAAUUCAAUUACCAAGAAGCAUCAAUCCUCAUCGUUGGUGGUGGCUCAAAUACUGGAAGAUUCGCCAUUCAGCUUGCUUCGAUAGCAGGAAUCGGCAAAAUUAUCGUUGUCGCUAGCCUAAAAGGCGAAGCAGAUCUGAAGGCCCUGGGUGCAACACACAUCAUCGAUAGAACUAAGCCGGGAAGACAAAUUGCAGCUGAUGUGAAGACUCUUGUUGGAGAUGAUCUGGUAUACGCCCUUGAUACUGUUAAUCCACCGGAAGAUCAGUAUAUUGGCGUCGAAGCUUUGUCAAACACCAAGACGGGUAAAUUCGCUCGUUUAAGACCUAGGGGACCGGUCGAUGAAACGAAGUUAUCGGCGAAAAAGCCUCUAGGAUUUGAGACACUGAAUGUGCUGGGUGCUUCGAAUGCGAGACCUGCUACUAGUGUUCCUUUGUGGAAGCGGGUUAGUGGUCUUGUUGCAGAAGGAAAAAUCAAACCGACUAGCUUUCAAGUUAUCGAGGGUCUAGACUUGGAUGAGGUGAAUAAGACUCUGGAUGGCUACUCGAAUGGGACUAUGAGUGGCCAAUGGCAGGUGCAUAUUUGA